UUCCCGCGCCUUUUCUUUCUCUUUCAAUUCCAUCAUAUGCAUAUAUAUAUAUAUAGAUCCCCUUCUACACGUUUAUCCCAUGUUUCCGAAUUACAAAGCCUAGCUACCAAAUCCAAACCUUCCCUUUUUCAAUAUUUCCCCCAAAUUUCGAAUGCAUGGCUGCUGAAGACGCCUCCAUCCCGCCGCCGCCCGCCGCCGCCUCCCCAAGAUCCGGCCGCCACCCCAGCUACCGCGGCAUCCGGUGCCGGAGCGGGAAAUGGGUGUCGGAGAUCCGGAAGCCGCGCCAGACCGCACGCAUUUGGCUCGGGACCUACGCCACCCCCGAGAUGGCGGCGGCCGCCUACGACGUGGCGGCCCUCACCCUCCGAGGCCCGGAGGCCGCGGUCAACUUCCCCGGCCUCGCCCCCACGUACCCGAUGCCGGCCUCCUUCUCGGACGAGGACAUACGGGCGGCUGCUUCCGCAGCCGCCUCCGCCAUCGCCCCGCGGAACGACGGCCCCGGCCUGGCGGCCGGGGCCGCCCAGCCCUGGGCAGCGUCGUCGAGCAACAAUGAGUUUGUGGACGAGGAAGCGCUAUUUGGCAUGCCGAAGCUGCUCGACGACAUGGCCCAGGGCAUGCUUGUCAGUCCUCCGCGGGGAAAGGCCACCGCAGAGGACGAAGGGUGGGCAGAGGAUUACUCCAGAAAUGACAAUCUCUGGAGCUACCCCUGACUCCUCUGGUGUUAUAUUAUAUUAUAUUAUAUAUGUGUGGAUCCGGGAGCGGGGCGGUUGGGCAGCCGCCAGCUCUGAAUUUUCCGCCGCCGCCGUCUCUGAAAUUUUCCUCACACAGCCGCAUUAAACUGUGGCUUUGGUAGCGGCCUGCUUUUAUGAAUAAGAGCUGAGGAAAUGUUAAAUUUGAGUGAAUAUUAAGGAAAAUUAUGUAUUACUGUUGGAAUCUGUUUGAAGAAGUGCUACAUAAUGCUGUUUUGGGCAAUAUAAGUA